AAGGAGUUUUCUCUGUUUGCGUAUGAGCUGAAAAGAUAAGGACACACAUCAGGACGGUGCAGCCAGAGGAAACAGACAGAAAUGCAAAUAUAACGUUGCACAGACAGUAUUUUAAGCUCUUAUUAGAGACAGCCUUGCCCUGCAGAGUGUCCUCCUCCACCAGCAUGACAAAUAACACACACAAAAAAAGAACAAAGUGCAGCAUCGAGCACGCAGAGCAAAUAGAGAAAACCACAGGCCUUUAAAUAGAUGGCUGAAAACGAGAAGUGUGAAGUGGACAGAGAUACACAGAGGCAGAGGGAGAAAGAGCGAGAGCAGAAGUUUACAUCAGUCUCUAUGAAACCAGUGCCACCGUGGGACUGCAGCUAUCGCCGUGAGCCGGCUAACUGGGAUUUACUCACAGCAACCGCUUCACAAAGCAGGGAGGACGAGAACAGGAGGAAGACGAAGACCAAGACGAAGAAGAUCAGGGCUACGGAUAACAGAAGAGGCAAAUCGAUUGUAGGAAACGAGGGGGGCUCAUGGGAAACCUCCUGAAAGUGCUGGCUUGCGCCGAACUUGAGCAUGGCCCAAUAGUUUUCCUUGACUUUGAACAUGCCCAGCCCACGGAGGCAGAGACAGCCGUGUGGAACCAGGUCAGCGCCGUGCUGGAGGAGGCUCAUGGGAUCCUCGCCGAGCUGCAGUCCUAUAAUGGCGCUGGCCAGGAGAUACGAGAAGCCAUCCAGAACCCAGGCGACCUCGCUCUGCAGGAGAAGGCCUGGAACGCAGUCUGCCCCCUGGUGGCCAAACUGAAGCGCUUCUACGAGUUUUCCCUCCGACUGGAGAACGCCUUGCGCAGCCUGCUGGAGGCGCUGACGAGCCCGCCGUACGCUCCCAUGCAGCACCUGGAGAGAGAGCAGGCCCUCGCCAAACAGUUCGCUGAGAUCCUUCACUUCACACUCAGCUUCGAUGAACUGAAGAUGACAAAUCCAGCCAUUCAGAAUGACUUCAGCUACUACAGGAGGACUAUAAGCAGGAACAGGCUGAACAACCAGCAGCUGGAAGCAGAGAACGAGGUCAACAAUGAGAUGGCGAAUCGGAUGUCUCUGUUCUACGCUGAGGCAACACCAAUGCUGAAGACUCUGAGUAACGCCACCACCAAGUUUGUUUCAGAGAAUAAGACCUUGCCCAUAGAGGACACCACAGACUGUCUGAGCACCAUGGCCUGUGUGUGCCGUGUCAUGCUGGAGACUCCGGAGUACCGCUGUCGGUUCACCAACACAGACACCAUGCUGUUCUGCAUGAGGGUGAUGGUGGGAGUCAUCAUUCUCUACGACCACGUUCACCCCGUCGGGGCUUUUGCCAAGACCUCCAAAAUCGAUAUGAAGGGCUGCAUCAAGGUGCUGAAAGAGCAACCGUCCAACAGUGUGGAGGGACUUCUGAAUGCACUGAGGUAUACGACACGGCAUCUAAAUGAUGACAGCACCUCCAAACAAAUCAGGGCCCUGCUGCAAUGAGAAGGAGGAGAGAGGGAGGAACGAAGGAGCGCACUUGAAGAAGGAGGAAAAAGAGAGGAAGAAGGAGGAGGAAACAAACGCCAGUGGCUGAUAAACCUGUUUGUUUACAACGAACAAAGAAAAUCAUCUCCAGGUCCACACAAACCUGAUGAUAAUAAGAAGAGGAAAAUAAUUAUAUAUAUUGUCAGCUGUCCAUCAUUCUGUCUCUCAUUUUGUAAAGUAAGAAAAGAGAAAAAAAAAAGCCAGAAAAGAAAAUAUAGAUAUAUAUUAAAACAAGUGAAACACAAGCAGCAGAUGAAGAAGACGUAGGGUUAAAGAGGAAGCUAUAUUGCAAAAUUUAAGGUCAGAACCGACACAAACUGAAAAUGUACAAAAACAGAGAGGGUUCAUGUUCCAGCAGUAGUCUGACAAGUAUUUUUGCACACACUUUGAAACGACACCAUCUCCUUUCCCCUGAGAUCUGAUCCCAAAGUGAUUCCCGCAGACUUUCCCGUGCCCCCUCGCUCAGUUACACCGGAGGAGGUUUGAAGCUCUUGAGGUUGCAGAUGUCUGACUCCUUCAGCUGCACCGAGCUCAGGUGAUUCAUGGAGCAAUGUGAUGGAUGCACUCCGGAGAUUUGCUUCUGCCUGUUUGUUUCUUUUCUGCGUCGGUGCAGCUGAAGUAGAGGAGGCAAGGACACAAGUUGUUAGGAUGCCUCCAUUCUCUUUGCCCUGAUUUCUCCCUCAUUGCCCGUCACCCUCACCCUUAUUCCCAUCCAUCCAUCCCUCCAUCCAUGAGAUACCUGAUUUUUCCUCGGCACAUAAAAAUCCCCUCCAUGCUGUGUUCCCGACGCUGUAAAUGUUCCAGCACGAAACAUCUCGUGAGUAGUCUGGCUUUACUUGAACAACUUUGUUCACUCUCUCUUUCUCCAUGGUGCUAAUGUGGUUUAGAUAUCACAGUACUAUCUUGUUAGACAUCAGCUCCUUCAUCCCUUUUUCUCUGCACUAAUAUGUUAAAUCUCAAACUCUGAGAACGGCAGAUUUGCUCUCUUUGAUUUCACAUUAGUGCACAAACAGGGACGAAUCAGAUUUUACUCGACUCGUAUGAUCCAUGAGAGGCUUUCUGGGAAACCACAGCACACUUACUUCUUCACCCAGUGCCAAAGCUGAUUGGUUUUUACUUUUAUUGUAUCAUCAAGCCAGGCUGGAUGAAGAGGAGGCCGAUGAAGAGGAGGAGGAGAAGGAGGAGGAGGGGGGGGGGGGAUUUGAGGGGUUGAAAUCUUGUAAAACA